AUGCCGUUCGCAGAGAUCAACGGCCACUCGCUGCACUACACCGACAUGGCACCAUCACCAUCGUCGUCCUCGUCCUCGCCAGAUCCAACAGCACCAACGACCAUAGUCUUUGUGCACGGCCUCGGCUCCACGCAGAACUACUACUUCCCUAUCAUCACCCCUUACCUGAGCUCAUUCCGAUGCAUCGUAUUCGACAACUACGGAGCAGGGCGAUCGAAAUACGACGACGGGCACGAGACGUCUAUCCCACUGAUCGGGAAGGAUGUCCUGGGCCUUCUAGACUAUCUCAAGGUUUCCAGGGCCGUUGUGGUAGGCUAUUCGAUGGGCGGAAUGCUGCCGACGUACCUGGCUUCGACGGCGCCGCACAGGGUCGUCGCUGGUGUGUGCAUUGGCCCAGUGCAUCCCAGUGAGGCCGUUUCGAAUGUGUUUAAGCAAAGGGUCCCGAUUGUGCAGAAGGACGGAAUAGAAAGCAUGGCCAACACGAUUCCCAAUGCCGCAACUGGGCCGCGCGCCACAACACUCCAAAAGGCCUUCAUCCGCGAAAUGCUGCUCUCCCAGGACCCCUCGGGCUACAUCGCGAACUGUCGGGCGAUCGAGCACGCUUCGCCGCCUGACUAUGCGGGUGCGAAAUGCCCAAUGCUUAUCAUUGCCGGCGACGUGGACAAGAGCGCGCCGUUGGCCGGCUGUGAGUAUAUCCUCAGCCAGCUGGGCACUGACCCUGCGAGAAAGCGGUUGGAGGUGCUGAAAGGGGUUGGGCAUUGGCAUUGCGUCGAGGCGCCGGAGGAGGCCGGGACGCUGGUGAAGGAGUUUGUGGACGGGCUGUGA